ACUCUCAUCAAAGGAGAAACUUUUCAAGGGGACGGCUGCACAAGAAUCUGAAUAUAUCUGAAGUUAGGAUGGGACUGUCCUUCAACCUGUUAUAGGUUUAUUUGAGGAAGCUGGCUGCUAAGAACAAAGCUCUGAUGGAGCAGGGGGCAGGGACCGCUGCUCGAGGUGCAGAAAACACCUUUCUGAAGAGGCUGCUGGAUGCAGAGAACACCGCUCUGAAGAAAAAGGGUGUAUAUAACGUAAAUCUGGUUGAAGAAAACAUUGCACUGAAGAAGAAGCUGAUUGCUGCGAACAAAGCGCUGAUGGAGCAGCUGAACGAGAAAGCUGCUCUAGGUGCAGAAAACACCGCUCUGAAGAAGCAGGCUGUAUAUAACCUUGCUCUGGUUGAAGAAAACAUUGUACUGAAGAAGAAGCUUGAUGCUGCAAACACAGUUAUAAAGGAGCAUGUGGCAGAGAAAGCUAUUCGGGAAAACCUGGCUGGAGUAAACGCUGAUCUAGCCGCAGACAGACAUGCUCUGAAGAAAGAGCUAACUGAUAAGAACGCAACUCUGAGGAGGAUAUUCUCUACUGCCUCUCAGAUGAAUCAGGCCGGAGAGGAAUUGUUCAAGAUUGUGGAAACCUCAAGAAUUAGAGAUAAAGCCCUGGAGAAGAAGCUCGAAGAUCUGAAGACGACGCUAAAAGAGAAGGAGAAAGAAAACUUUUCCCUGAGCGUUGAUCUUCAGCUUCAGGACCAGGACAAGGUGAUAGUGGAACACAAGUGGAAGGAGAAAUUUAAAGAUUUGCAGGAGAACUAUGAAGAGAAGCUGAGGUGCAGUGUCCUUGAGCAGGUGGAAAAAGAGAGAAAGACGGAUGAGGCAAUUAAACUACUGAUUCUGCAGAAAAUUGAGCUUCAGAGAUUCACCUUGAAGACCAGUGAGUACAGAGAGAAGGUCAAGAAGGAGAUGAAGGGGAAGAAGAACCAGGAAAAGCAGGAAAAGAAAGAGCAACAGGAGAGAGAGAAGAAGGAGAAGGAGGAGAGGAAAAAACUGAAGAAGAGAGAGAAGAAGGAGGAAAGAGAAGAAGAAGUUUGGAAGAUGUUUUCAUGUUUUUGUUUUAAAUGACGGAACUCGUCCUAAUCUCCAUUCUCAUCUUCCUCUACCUCAACCCCCUCCUCAUCCUGACUCCCCCCAC